AUGGUUAAAGGUCUCGGUUCCGAAAAAAAGGAACCGUCUACAAAACCGCGGUUCCGAAUUGCUGCCUGUUCACGAAGAAAGGAAAAGGCGGAUUGUCGCAAAGAGCUCCUUGUAAAAAAGAAAUCAAAACACGCAAGUUAUAUAUACGAACUGUCUGAUUUACUAUUACUCGACGUUCUUCCAUUAGCGGUUGGCAUUGAAGCAAUUGACCAUGAAAUGAUAUGUAUUCUCCAAAGAAAUACAACAAUACCAACGAAACGUCAAUAUUGUUCAUUUACAAAUGCAUAUGCUAACCAAAAAACAGCUAUUAUAAAAAUAUUUGAAGGUCAACAUCGUCUAACAGAAUACAACAUAUAUCUCGGUGAAUUUUCAUUAGAAAAUUUACCUGAAAAUUUUGCAUCAAAAACAUUAAAAAUAACAAUAACAAUGGAUUUUGAUUGCAAUGGGAUAUUAACAGUUGGAGCAGAAGAAUCAUUAUCGGAUUCGAAUGUGCCAUUACUUGUUCAACUAAAAGAAACACCAAUAUCCACUGAUUUAGUUGAUAGUAUAUUUGAACUUCAAAAUCAAGAUGGUGCAUUUUCAUUUUCCAAAAGUCUCGAAGAAUUAUUUAACAAUGUGAAUUUUGAAAAAGUUCAACAGAAUUUAAUUGAACAAGGAUCCAAUUCAUUAGCUAAGAAAACACAAUAUGAAAUAAAUAAUUUAAUUUGUACAGCAAUUAUUUUAUUUUAUUUCUUAUAUAAAAGCACAUUAGCUUCAUCAUUAACAUUUCCACUUGAUAUACAUUCGAUUAGAAAUUUAAUUGAAAAUAUCAAAGAACAAUUGCAAAAUGAAGAGAUUCACGAUUCAGCAAUGGAAUCAUAUAUAAAAAGAUGUCAAACGGCUGUCGAUUAUGUAGUGAAAAUGCGUGAUAUCCAUUCAGUGUAUUGCACACAAUUAGAAUUAAGUUCAUCCUGGGAAUUAUAUAUUCAACAAACAUUACUUGGUCUUUGA